ACAAAUUCGUUAAAUCCUCUCCUUACUUAUGCAAAUUGGCACUUGCAAAAUGCGAAUUCUAUUAUUUAAUGAUAUAAGUAGUAAGCACAAAUCUAAUCGUCACUUAGUGGUGCGUUUCAAGCAAACGAGAAUGAGAAAAUUCCUCCUCCUGUCUUUACUGAUCGUAUCAACGACUUGUUGUGAGUACAACCCCUCGAACGACGACACGAAAUGCAUUUCGCGCGAGUUCCAAAAAAACCAACCCGUCUCAUUGAAAAAAUGGGGCUCCAAGCUGGACUUGUCCCUGAUCCGGGGCCCCAUUUUCGCCGACAGCUUCCCACUGCUGCUCGGAAUCAAGGAAAUGACGCUCCGCUCGAGCAACAUCUCCGACAUUGAGCCCGGAUUUUUCCACCAAUUUCCCAACUUGGAAAGCCUCACGAUCAAAAUCAACCACGGCUUUCCCAACAUUACGACGCGCGUUUUCAAGGGCUGUUGCCCGAAAUUGACUUCGUUCAAAGUCCUUGACAAUAAUCUCCGCUCGUUUGACAAUCAAGUGUUCAAAACUAUGCCCAAACUGGAGUUUCUCUGGAUCGAGAAGCAAAAUCUGGGGCCGCUUGAGGCCAAUUAUUUCAGUGGUUUGGGGAGUUUGAAGAAGUUGCGAUUGCAACACUGCGAGAUUAAGCGCAUUGAUCAGAAUGCGUUUGACGAUUUGAGCAAUUUGGUCAAGCUGGAGUUGCCGACCAAUCAAGUUGAGAAAAUCCAAGCUGGGACUUUUAAGAAUUUGAAAAAGUUGGAGGAGUUGCAUUUGUCGGGGAACAGUAUAAGGAAUUUCACUGGGGGUGAGUUCAACGGGUUGGAUAAUUUGAAACGGUUGGAGUUGAUUGGGAAUAAGAUAAAUUCGCUCAAUGUUGAGAAAAUUUUGGAGAAUUUGCCCAAGUUGGAGAGGAUUGGGAUCAAGUUGACUCUGUUUGAGUGCGAUAGAGCCAAGUCUUUGGUCGAGAGGAUUAAGGAAAACAACAUCGAGAUUAAAAAUGUUGACGAAGUUUUGUCCGAUUCGUGUUCGAAGGACUCAAAGGAGCAGGAUUAAGGCUUUUGUAAUUUAUUCAGUAGUUAAUAAAAAAUAUUAUUGAUAA